AUGAAGUUCCGGUACGCCAUGGUGUGUUCAUCGAACCAGAACCGAAGCAUGGAGGCUCACUCGCUCCUCAAGAGGCAAGGCUUCGACGUCUCGUCUUACGGCACUGGUGCCCACGUUAAGCUCCCUGGUCCUUCCCUCAGAGAACCCAACGUUUACGACUUUGGAACUCCUUAUAAGCAGAUGUUCGACGAUCUUAGGCGAAAAGACCCCGAACUGUACAAGCGUAAUGGCAUUUUGCCUAUGCUUAAAAGAAACUCAACGGUCAAACUGGCACCUCAGCGGUGGCAAGAUAAUGCUGCUGACGGUUCCUUCGAUGUGGUAUUUACAUUCGAAGAAAAGGUUUUUGACAUGGUUCUUGAAGAUCUUAACAACCGGGACCAUGUUCUUAAGAAGUGUGCACUGAUAAUCAACCUGGAGGUAAAAGAUAACCACGAGGAGGCAGCUGUGGGAGCUCGUCUUGCUUUAGAUCUUUGUCAAGAGAUUGAAGCAGCUGAAUCAUGGGAGGAUUCAAUAGAUGAUAUCGUGAAUGGUUUUGAGAAACAGCAGCGGCGGAAGUUAUUGUAUAGCAUCUCAUUUUAUUGA